AUGAUAGUAUCUAGACAAUAUCACAGAUCGGAUUUCUUGAAAGUAAAUGAGUACACAUUUGAAAGGGUAAGAAAUUUUAAAUACUUAGGUGCAGAUAUUAAUGAAGAUGCUAAUAGCCACGAAGAAGUGAAAAAACGGCUCAUCGCAGCAAACAGGUGUUACUUUGGACUAUUAUCAUUGUUCAAAUCAAAACUAUUAUCAAGGAAAUCCAAAGUAACAUUAUAUAAAGUUCUAGUCAGACCAAUAGCUCUAUAUGCAAGCAGUACUUGGGCGACGACAAAGUCAGAUCAAAAAAAGUUAGAAGUAUUUGAGAGAAAGAUAUUUGGCCCAAAGAAAAACAANAAAGCGCACGAAUAGGCUGGGCUGGACAUGUAUGGAGAUCAAAAGGACUAAUCGGACAAAUAACUACAUGGAAACCAAACGCAAAGAGGCCCAGAGGACGUCCUAGAGAGAGAUGGUCAGAUAGAAAAAAAGAAGACCUAAAGAGGUUGGGAGUAAGGAAUGCUGAAGAAACGGCACAAAAUAGAGAAGACUGGAGACAAUAUGUUGUUGCGGCAAUGGGCCUAAAAGGCCUGUAAAUAGCCAGAGAAAAAGAAGAAGAAUAUACUAAUAUAUAAUAAUGUCCGGACUGAUUUUAAAAGAUAGUCCAACUCUGAUUAGAGUUGAAUGAGCUCCCGAGAUUUUGGAAUUAAAAUGUUGUCUAGUUAAGGGAUUGGAGAGGUGGAAAAAAAUUAGAAAAUAUAUGCAAUAAUAACGGUUUUAGUUUUUUUGCUGUGGUUAUUCAGUUAAAAAUUAUCUUAAAAACCUUAAACUUUCACCGUAAAUUCAAAUAAACACUUUCUAAAAGUGAUGACAUUUUAAAAACACUGGCGAUUUUUAAAUUAUUUAAUGUCAUUAGAAUUUUCGCGGUUUUAGUUUUUAUUUGAUGUUAUGAGGAUAAAAUUUAAAAUUUAAAUAUUUGGCUUGAAAAUUUAUAACGAAAUUUAUCAUAAGUAUUCCAUGGCGGUAAUAUAAACAAUUGAACGUAAUGUUGUAAUUUUUCUAUGGUUAGUAUUUUAAUUUCAACUGUUGACUCGCAAACUGUAAAAUUUUAAAAUACAUUUAACCGAACUUUGCUAUAAAUCGUUUUUUGUUAGUAAUAAUCUCUAUCAUUUCCAAUGCAGUGAAUACAUUUUUUAAAUACAUACAAUAUACAAAUAUUUUUAUUACGUAUUAUACACUUUGAACGUUUGCCAUAACAUCGGACAGAUUCGAGGAUAGUUAGGUACAGAAUAAUACAUAUUAUUAAUAUGUAAAUUUCAAUGGGUUAAACAACGGACUAAAAACUUUUUUUUCAAAAAGUCGUAUUCUUAGCAUGGAAAAUUAUUUUUUAUUUGGCGCUAACCCAAUUUAAAAGUAUGAUAUACACUAUUACCAUUAGUUAUAUAAUAUAAUAAAGUAAAUCCUAUUAAUAUAAUUCUACUAACAGGAUAUUAUUAAUUUAACUAAUGUAUACUACUUCCAACCGUUAAUUUUGAUUUUAUAAUCGAGUAUCCAUCCGUUUCAUUUGCCGGUUUUGUAUGUUUUGACUAUUGUUAUAAAUUUAUAACCAUCCAUAUUAGGAGUACAUUGAGUCUAGCUCAUAUUUUUAAACACGCCCAGCAUUCACUAACCACCCACAAUUAUGUAAAAGGUGAACAAAUUAAGAAAAAGCAAGUUAUUAAACAGUUUCAAAAUUUUACAAAAGAAAAAUAAAAUCAAAAUUCAAUUAAAAUCCUCCGAGAAAAAUACUGAUUCAUGAUAAAAUAGCCUCUCUGUAUAGUAUCGGUCAUCUAGUAGAACUAGAAACUAACGGCGAUGUUGUGUAGCAUUAUAUGUACAAAAUCUUUGGUUUGAAACAAAGUUAGUUGAAUUCUAACAUUUGUUUGAUUAAACAUAGUGAUUCAAAUUGAAAAGAAAAAACUGCGACGAGUGGGUAAGCAAAGCUUAAAGAUUAUGGUAGAGAUAAAGGCUAAUUAACGAUCAGUAUCGAGCAAAAGUAGGUAAAAAAUCGCAAGAUGUAUAAACUCUGUGUUAUUGAGGCUUUUAAAACAUUCUAUCCCGGAGCUGAGCUGUUUCUUUGGUCUUCGAACGUAGAAGACAGUAGGCAGCUGUAGGUCAGUGUUUAAACAAAUUAAUGGACUAUAAGAGACAUUAGGACAGUGUUUACCCGCAUACAUUUUUGUUUUAAUAAUAUAAAUAAAAACAUACACUCGCAUUUAAGCAAAAUUUAUAUCUAAAAAUAAACAUUUUAACAUUUUUAACAUUUUAGUUUUAAUUGUGCGUUUUAUUUAAUUUUUUUAGCAUGCUAACGGUUAUAAGAUUAGGCGUAGUUUUUAGCUAUUAUUGUUUCGAUUAUUGCGAGUGUUUAAGAUAAAAAUAUUGAUGUUUUCGUUUCUUCGUAUCUAAAGAAAAAAGAAAACUAUUUUCAAAUAUUGUAUCAACAAUUAAUAGUACUAUCGUUUAUAUAAUAGAAAGCGAUCUAUCCAAUAUAAAAAAUGAUAUGGGUAUAAAAGUACGCGCUUGUCUUUUAAGAUACAAAUUUACAAUACAUUGGGCACUGAUGAUGGUCAUGCAUAAAACAAAAUAACAGUCAAUUUUACGCAUCAUCGUAUAAUUUUCAAAAAAUCGAAAAAACGAUUCUGGGGAGAGUUCGGUUAAUAGUGUUCAGCAGUUUAGUGUUUUUUUUUUUUAAAACCUAAUCAUUAUAAAUUGUUCAUUAAGGAUAUCGGGAAGCUAUGAAAAAAAUUAUUAAAAAAUAUUUUUCGGUUUAACAUAGUAUUGCUCCUAAAAUAAAAAGAGUUAUGCAAUAUAUGCACACACCAAUCGAUGCACAACACUGUACACAGCACGACUGUAUAAAAUGCGUAUGGUAGACGAUUAACAAUCUCUCUGUGCGCAGUUAGUACUGCUAACCAAUUUUUAAAAUUAACAUUAUCUAUGAUUAAUUUCGAAGUUUUUCCAUUUGUAUUCUGUUUUCUGCAUCGUAUGGCCAGUAUUAUUUCAUAAUAAAUGUAUAACGUAUACUGUGUGUCGGAUUUUUCUUGCACUGUUAAUAAUAAAUCUUUUUCGAUUUUUUUUUAAUCGGUUUGACUUCGAGGGGGACAUCGAUUUGGAAAAAAAUUUAAUUUUUUUUUCAUCCCCUAAAAACAAAUCAAAAGUUACUUUGUUCAUUCACUUUAGAACAUUUUAAAAAUAGCCAUUUAAAAUAAAUGAUUAAAACACAUUUUUCACUUUCAUAUCCGAUGAACAAUCUCUUAGUUAUAACAGUUUUAAUUAAGUGUGGAUGAAAAACAUAUAAAUAAUACAUUUAAUUUAGCUUUUUUGUGAAAAAUAAUUAAUAUUCUUUCUAUGUAGGACAGUAGUAAUAGAAGAGGUAUUAAUAUUAUUUUGUUAAUAUAAAUGUUAAUUUAAAAUUAUGUUUUUAGGUGUAGAUAUAUUUUGAAUAGCAUGUUAAUAACGAUUAAUUGUAUUCGUUUUUGUGGCACAUUUGAGUUGGAAUUAAGAGGUUAUGAUGAAAAUGAAACAUUUCUAAACCCGGGUAUUUUUCGAGACCAA